AUGCAGGUUGGGGGCAAUUCAAACGCCGUACGUAUAAUGUUUUCCAUAUUGUCUCCUAGAGUGCUUUCCUCCAGCACGAUUCUGCAUCAAAUGACGUAAAGCAAAAGUAUAGUAGCAGAGCUGCCCAACUAUAUAGAAACAAACUUGAGAACCUUGCGGCGAAGGCUGUGCAGUCCAUGGGUUCCAGCGUACGUCGUGCAUUUUGUAAUUUGUACUUAAAAUAGCUCUUUUUAGACGCCGAGGAUUCGCUUGUGACUGUGUCAAAAGAUCCCGAUUUCUUUGAAGAGCACACAACGAACUCUGUAGUCGAAGAUUUAGGUGGUAUGACACUUAGCAGCACUGUUGUGUCCAACACCGCUUCGAUCCCCCCUAACGGUAGGUCGUUUCAUCGACAUCGUUGCUGUACUUACCAUUGUCAUUGUAAUAACCCCGCCAAAGCAUCCCCUUUAGGAAAUUUCGUGGUCUUACGCUUUUUGUCUCGAGUUACGCCUACUUGAUACUGAUAGCUCCGCAUGCCCAAAUUGGGAAAAAGUAGUUGGGCCGUGAUUUGUCAAUUCUUUUUGAAGACCUCACUUCUCCCCUUAAGGAUAUCGACGGUCUUUGAUCCGUCACUCUGGUUACCUUUUCCUCGCGCCUUCGAGCGGCUUCUCGCAUUUUCCAUUUGCUCCUAAUAUCCGUUCCUUGUUUCACAUAAUUGUAUGUGGGAUUAACCAAGGUUUGUGAGCGCCUGCUAUGCCAUGCUCUGGAACCUCUCCGUUAUCUGGUUCUCUGGCGGUAGAUGUGCUUGCGCUCCCGCUGUGUAUGCGGGUCAUGUGCAUGGCUGCCCAGUUAUCCGCGUCCUCUCUUUUGCUGUUAUUGUUGUUCAAAAUCCUGACUAUGUGCUUGUUGUGGACCGGGGGUGUGGAAUGGAACGCCAAGGUGAGGGUUCGACCGCGCCAUCCACCUGCGGCCGUAAUAGGGGCGGGUUAUAACAGUCUACAUUGCAGAUGGUACGGACAAUGGUGGGGAUGUUUUGCAGGACGGUAAGAGUGUCCUGGUGUUGCUGAUGAGGGUAGUCAUUGUGAGAUGAGAGGCGAACUGACCACGUUGCCAUUUUGCUGGGCCUGCUGAUGUUUAACGAGGCCGACCCCUGCCCGGAAUGUUCUUUGACAGUGUAGACACAGUGGCAGGGGUGGGGUGUUUGCUCCAUUGGUCCCUAGUGUCAUGCUAUUUCAUGAAUUCCAUCUUAUCUACUACUUUUCUAUUCCUCGUUCUAGUUCCAGUGCGUCAAUUGUAAGACGAAUAGAGCCCUUUUAUAUGGUAUCCUCGUUCCGAUUCUGGCAUUCUGAUUUCUUCGUGCUCCCCCUCUCGUGUGCUUGCUACCGUCCUAGCUAAAGCAAUCUAAUCAUCUUACAACUACAGAAUAGAUCGAUUCCGUAGGCCAGAACGAUUCGAUGUUGGCCCGAAUGCUCAAGACGCUUCUAAACAGUGCGAUCGUUGAUUUCGCAUUUUUGAGAAUUUCUUGUCCUCGAUCGAUAGCUUGAAGCCUGAUUAAUUAAGCAUUCAGAAUAACUACGCUUUUUGACACUCUGGGAAUGCAUUAGUGAAUGCUCUAGUUACGGAGAAGCUGUUAAAUUGCUACAAAUUCUCUGCUUAAAACCUUAGAACGAAAUCUUUGCCUGCAAUCUUCUGUCAAUAUUCAGACAGGAAGACGGACAAACCUUCGACCAGUUUGUUCAAAAGCUGAAGUCCUUAGUUAAGGACCGCAAUUUGAAAGCCGUUACGUAAACAAAGUUGCGACGAUGCCAUCAGCUAUGCCUUCAUCAGUGGCCUUUCGUCAAACCAGAUUCGUCAGAGGUUAUUGGAGCAGAAGAAUUUGAACUUCCAAACUACCUUUUAUUGGGCAAAGUCACCGGAAUUGGCAGAAAGACAGUCUCUAUCCUAUCAGAACCCUCCAACGUCCUCAUUCUCUGCCGCUGUUGGAUCAUUGAAAACUUCGUCGAAUCCCGUUAAAGAGCCUGACCUAGUGGCUUCUGCUUCAUUCGGUAGCAAAUGUUUCUCUUGCGGAUACGACAGGCACCACCGUUCGUUGUCUCCUGCACGCUAUGCGUUAUGCAAAGGAUGCGGCAGAAAUAGGGCACUUCCAAAAGGUGUGCCUCACAUCACGAAACCGAAAAACCGUCUCUUCCGCUAUGUAUCUUAUCAUUUCUGCCGUGGCAUCAGUUGCUGUUCCUGACUGUCUCUCAAACGCAGUGGUUGAACUACAGAUAAAUGGAACUACUUUUCAGGCCCUAAUUGACACAGAUAGUUCUGAAAGUUACAUUUCUUCAGUGGUGCUCCAAAACAAGUGGAAGGUUCAUAACUCUCACUCAAAUAUCCAUGGCCACCACUGUCUUAACCAGCGCCACGCAAGGAUAUGUUCUUGUCUCUAUUAAAUAUAAAAGUACAAUAUACCAGAAGGUCUAGGUCUUGCCGGAUUUGUGCGCCGAUGUUUCACUUGGACAUGACUUUCUCCAGAGUCCUCAAGUGUUGGAAUUCCUUUUGGUGGACCUAAACCUACUUCCCCGCCUCGUUCUGUGGCUGCCGCUCGCGUCAGGCCUAUCCGUUUGUUUCCUAAUCUGACACCGGACUGCAAACUCAUCACAACUAAACCUCGUAGACACACCAACAUAGAUGAACGAUUUAUACGAGAAGAAAUUCGUCACCACCGCACCGAGGGUGUAACUGAGCAUUCACUAUCCCCAUUGCGAGUCCAUGUUUUGGUGGUAAUCAGUGAACGCCACAAAAAGCAGAUGGUUGUCGAUUAUAGCCAAACGAUCAACAAAUAAAAACCCAGAUGGCUACCCCUCCCACAGAAUAGACGAAAUGACUGAACAUAUUGCAAACUACGACACGUAUAGCACAGGAUAUCAAGAGCGUCUAUCACCAGAUACCCAUCAGGGUAAAAUAAAGACCAUGUACUACCUUUGAAGCUUGUGGACGUUUAUAGCAAUUUUGUCGUAUCCCGUUUAGUGUGACCAACGGGGUUGCGUGUAUCCAACGGAUCAUCGACGACAUAAUUACGCGCGAGCUUCGAAAGAUUAUUUUCGCAAUAAGGGAGUGGCGACCAGUAGCACAACUCGGUACAAUCCCCAAGGAAAUGGGCAGGUCGAACGUUUGAACCAAACUUUGUGGAAGACUCUCUCACUUGUUCUAAAAUCCAGAAGUUUGCUUAUCACGCACUGGGAAUCCGUUUUACUUGACGCUUUGCACUUAGUCAUAUCACUUUUGUGUACCGCCACUAGUGCGGCACCUCAUGAGAGAACGUUUGUCUGCAAUAGGAGGUCGACCAAUCUCUCUAUGUGGCUUACCUCCCCUGGCCGAGUUCUGAUAAAGAAAAGCAACCAACAGUCCAAAUUUGAUCCGCUGGUUGAGGUCGAUCUGCUCCGGUGUAACUCCCAAUAAGCUCAUAUGCGACUCAAUAAUGGCAAAGAAGGAAUUGCAUCCGUUCGACUACUUGCCCCCAGGGUGAAAAAGAUAUUGGCGAUUGUCAUCAGGGGACGGCUACGUUCGAACCUGAAAAUUUAAUUUCACCUUCCCGUGACUACCCACCCAUUAUUGAGCAGGAAAUUAGCACCAUUUCAACUGACAUAGUGAUGCAACACGAUGCUUACGAUGUCCACAUGCCUAGCCUAGAAGCACUGAUCCAACAGAAACGUGUUCAUCCAUACUGCCUUCGCAACAGAAACCUCUAAACUUUGCCACUUGCAAACCUUUCCUUCCGAUUUUUUGAAAUACCGAUCCUCCUAUUGUUUGGCCGGGGUAAAUGUGAUGUUAACUUAAGCCCCUGACUAGAUUCCAUCUUGUCUACUACUGUUCAAUUUUCCGUUCGAAUUCUAGUACGCCAAUUGUAAGAUGAAUGGAGCCCUAGUGUAGGGUAUUCUUGUUCUGAUUCCUGCAUCCUGAUUUGUUCGUGCUCUCUCGUGUGCUUGCUAUAGUCCUAGCUACGACACCUAACACCUGGAUUUUAUGGAAUUUGACAACGAAUUCGGCUGGCUUCGAAGAUAGCUACUCCAGUCUUUACGACGGCGCGUCGCGCCUCCCGAUCUCGAGCAAGGUUCCGCCGGCUCAGUUAAUUUGUCGAUGCUCGAGGGAGGCCUUCAUGAUAUUCUUGUAGCAAUGCUUUGAUCCGCCUUGUGUACAAAGGGUACACAAAAAGCGAAAAUUAUUAACUUAGCUAAAGAUAGCAUCUUAAAAGCAUUAAUCCCUUUCAAAAUACUUUCCAUUAGAUGACAUGCGCUCGUCUCUAUGGUUUUUUUCGCGGUUCCAAACAUUUGUUAUACUUGUCUGAAAUAGUUACACUAAAGGCUUCGAGCAAUUUUUUUUCUUCACCCCCCCUGCGUUCUGGAAGUGCUUCCUCUCCCGGUUGUCCUUCAUUCUUGAGAAUAAGAAGUCGCGGGGGAGGCUGGGUCGGGCUAGCAAGGGGUUGAUUUUGAACGCUAUGUGGGCAAGCGCGUUGUCAUGGUAUAACAGCCAGUACGCCUUUCAUCACAAUUCAGGACGUCUUUUCCACUGUCUCACACGAUCACUCCAGCACCUGCAGAUAGUAGAUUUGGUUCACUGCGUUGCCAUGAGGAACAAAUUCAACGCGAAAGAAUCCUACGAUGCCGAUAAAACAAACCAUCAUGGACGGCGAUUCGAAUUUUAUGUUGGCGCGUUGCUCCUUCAAGUUAGCCAUCGCAAAAUCACCGAGGGCUUUAGGGGGGGGGGGAGUUAAUAAAACAAACACUCUGUCCGCUGCUAUGGUUCAUCAUGAAAGCUAUUUGGCCAACUAGGCAGAAGGAAUGUCCAAUAAACGUACCUAGUUGGAGAGGACGGCAUUGCCAGCCCGCUUGUAUACAGGAAGUAGUUUUCGUCUUUUUUGGGUAUCUUCUCGUACGAACACCCGUAGGAACGUCACCGUUAAAUAUCGGUCUGGGCAUGCGCUCGUCUGCCCUCAUGACGUCGCCGUCUCAUCACUCUUGCAUCUGUCACAGCUUUGCGUGAAUACUGAGGACGCUAGUUUUCUCUGCUACGUCACCUUCGGUUGCCGACCAAAACUCUGUCUGCGUUUUGAGAUCUGAUUUGUGAUUUUUUUCGUUAACUCUGAUGUUUUUUUGGAAUUUCGCCUCUAAGAUACACGAGUUUGUCAACUGGUGUUAGGCAAGUUCUGUUGACAUUGAUAUGGGGUUCGCCGUAGUCAGUAUCUGACACCAAUUGGUGUAUGACAGCUGUCUUCUCCAUGAUGAUGGUCAAGCCGGAGUUGCAGCAGCCGCAGGCGAAGAGAUCCACACAAGGAUGUCUGACCACUGUCUGUGUCGAUCUCAACUGCCAGCUUUGGUUUACUCAACCGCAGCCGCUUACCCUACUAUGCUUUUUACACAAGCGCGCCAUCGCUUUUCAAUGUGGUCUUGAUUUGCUAUAAACUGUAGGAGGGCUUAGAAUCCUUAUUUUGCUUUUGGAAUACCUAUAGUUAUAGUAGCUGGUCCUACUUCAUUGAUAGGUACUAAUAACCGUGCCUAUUGUGAAUCUCCUCCUUUUAGCUCCCCAACCUAAUGUGGACGCUGCCGUUUCUUCGUUCGGCACAGCCACUCCUCGGCCACCAAAGUCGGUUAUUUUAUCGAAGAAGAAACCAGGGGUUCGCCUAACCGCUCCUAUUUCUCAGUGUUAACUUCGAAUUUCACUUUUUGUCUACCUUAGUUUGUUCUAAAGUAUUUACAGGAAGACGAUGCCCCACCUCACUGACCUGUGUUAAAGUUCCAUCGUACGUUUUCGCCUACUGUCAAAGUUUGCCACAAAAGUCACUUAAUCUACGAACGGCCACCCCAUAGAUCGAGCUGUUUUCCUUUGCAUUGUCAUGUUUCGGAUAGUUUAUUGCCUACAACCCUAAUCAUCAUCGUAUGUCACACUGUCUGCUGUCUGUCUUAAAGGGAACUAAAAAGGGCGGGUUUGGUGGAGCGAAGGUGAAAACUGACUUUGCUGCAAUCGAGGCAGCGGCCAACGAAGAAGCCAAACGACUAGAAAUGCAACAGCAGCGGCAGCAACAGCAGAAGACUACAACCCCCGCCAUGACGGAAGAACAGGAGGCUCGUAGGAUGUGUGUUUUUUGCCUUCUAAUUCCCCUUAUCUCAACUUUUAUGGGAAAUUACUUGUUUGGUCAAUGUUCUAAAGUGGUUCUCACCUUGUCUGCUCUAAUCGAUAUCCUGGGAUUUGUCCACUGGGACAUUUUACGGAUCUCUGAGGAAUUGGAGUGAAUUAAAUCCACAACUGGGGGUUGCUAUUCAUCCGAAGCUAGUUUAUCUGCUACUGAACGUCACUAUUUGGAUAUUCACAAAUUUGGACGCUUAAAUUUUGGAUUUCACCUCGUCUUCGGCGACUGUCCAUAAGUUACUGGGAAACGUACCAGUGAUUCUAGUUAGAGGCAGAUCUUCAUCUUAACUGGUGUAAUUCGUCUUUUUGGGCCAUAAAUGUAACUGUGAGAGAUAUAGACCUCUCCGUUGGAUUUGCUGAGAAUCCCAAUAGAACACUACACUUUUACAUUUAUCGCAAACUGUCCAACAACGCCCCUGGUCUUCAUUUCCCUCCAGAUCUUCAAUGCGCCUGGCUUAUCAGGAUAUUCAAGAGAAGCAGAAGAAAGAGGAGCCUAUCAAGGACCCUAAAAAAGCCGAGCAGGUAGAACGCUUGGGCAUGAGCAAUUUAAGUGGCCGGACCAAGUAAGUUCCGUCAUGGCAUUUCGUUUUUUGUCAUGUUCAACUUCACAGAUUCCAGUUUGAUGGUACUACAUGACUGAAUAAAAGUCUUCCUAGAAGUAGCUGAAAAAGCAGGGAUGACCCUGAUAAUACUUUCAUUGUUGUCAGCCGGCUAUAGACGCCAUAGCCGGCCAUUUGUAAAUAUUCCCCAACGUAGUUUACAGGCACUUGUUCAGGGCUUAAUGGUUAGGGCAUUUGAGCUCGACUAGUUGGGGCUAAUGCCAACCUCCCGCCGGCCGUCAGUUAAGUUGCGGUCGGUCGACUAUGUCGACAAAGUCACAUGGGGUUGGCCGCCACCGAUCUGUCCUGGUUGCAGGACUGCAGGCGGUCGCAGUGCGCCAUCGUCUGGGAUUUACAUACCACCGGAUGAUGGCUGCCUUUACUCAUGGUAAUAGCUUUGCUUUUGGCCAUUCUAUGCGUGCAAUAAGUAGAAAAUGGCAAAGACGCAGGAACAAACCCGACAACGCUCAUUUCAUUACAUCAGCAAUGAUCGUGUCUAUAUCUCUGUCUUUGUCAGUCACACCUGUAAAUUAUUUCGACUGGAUUGAGACUUGUUGUCCCCGUCUCCCCAUCCCCGUUAGGGCAAUUCAUGUCUUUACUGAAUGCUAUUCAACUGCCUACCUGUACCCUAGACAGAGCUCAGGGGCAAGAUGGAGUUAGCAUGCUUCCGCACAAUUAAGCCGGGGCUCCGAGUGCAGAUCAAUAACUACCUCUUUUCCUUGUGCCAACGCACGCUGCCGUAUUUUUCAAGGCUGCCGUUUUUAUGUGCUAAUUUGGUUUGGCCGACAUCAGUUUCAGUGAUGUAUCUUAGAUAUGUUUGGUACGAGCCUGCCCUCACUAGUUGUUCGGUGUGAUCGUUCGAAGUUGUUUGUUUUGACACUUGAUCCACUGGUACCUAACCACAAGGCAACUGUAACUAGAUAACCUAUUGACUGGCUGUUCAUGGUCUCCGUUUCUCAGUACGACCGUCAAACCUUGUGGUAUUCGAUGGCGCGGCAAGCGUGCCAGGUCCUAGCCCUCCGCUGGCAUUGCUACUGCAGGUAAACGUUUGCCUGCUUAUCGACUAUAAGUGUCUAUCUGUUUUCCAGCCAGCCUUCGCUGAAGACGUUCCACUGUCAACCACACGUGGAGGCCUCGGGUAGCUAGCAGCUAGGCACAGUACGGACAGGUUUUAUUUAAAACGACUGACGUUUAUUGGUCACGCGAGAAAUCUAGGCAAUGAGGCUGUUAAACUAAAUUAUUGUAUCCUCGAGACAUGCCAGUCCACAUCGGUGGAUUUAAAUCACAAAAUCCGCCUAUUAUCCUAUUUCAGAAAUAACUCAAAUUUUGGAUUUUUGUGACGUAUUGUUCCAUUCUCGCUGUUUCGUGGUCCUUUUUCUGCAUGUACAGUACGCGACCUAUCGCAUAAAACCUGAUGACAAACUGAUAUGAGAAUUUUCAGACGCCUUAAGCGUUACGCGUUUUUGCUCGCUCGUCCAGUCUCUUCAAGGAACUGCCCUUUUCUUGUCCAGAAAAUGUAUCCAAGUAAUUUUAUUAAGCAAAAUGCUCAUAAGUUUGGGCAGAAAUGGACGUUGCGAUAUAUUCUGGCAUUUUUCUAUGCUAGUACCCGUUCUAGACUUCAGUUGCGCAUCUGAGCGCGUUUUUAUUUGAGAGGAGGGUGAUUUGCUCUCGGGAAAUUUUACUAAACAGAGCUUGUCUCACUUGAAACUUCUUUUUUCUGUCCGAUGCGAACCAUGGGAAUCAGUUGGCUAGCACUGGUUAUUUUAGCAGAACCAGACGUUUUAUAGAUUUUUAAGUCAGACUGGCAAAUCUGUGCCAUUUGGUGCCCUGAAGUGCAGUACUAACGCACACAGACAUUCCUUCAUCUAAAUGGACCGGAACUGUUUUCCUCAUCGGAAAACUUUAUGCUUUGACAGUGAGUUGUCAUUUUCGGCCUAAAACGUACGUAAUUUGGAAGUGGAGCGAGCAAGACAUUAACAGUUUCAACAGACUGUCAAUAUUUAUAUGGCCACUGCCGUGCAUUCUUAAUCGUACAAGUGAGCAAAGAUAGUGAAAAUGGACGCAAUAUAAAGAGAAAUGCAUGCUCUUACGUCUGGUAAAAAAUGUCAGUGUUUUCUAUCAACGUAAAAGAAACAGCUAUAAGCGUCCGAUUUUUUGGUUUCACCGUAUAAAAGUGCAAAGUACAUAGACAUCUGUUAACAGAAUGCAGUAUUAAGGCACCUUUUAGAAAGGUUGUUGUGGACGUCCCAUUUUAUUUCACGAUGAGGUGUCAUGUUUGAGUGGGUCUUCAAAUGUGACUCAAACGACCUUUUACAUGAAAAAGAGCGCCUAAAUACCCACUUUUUCGUCAAAUGCCUCCAACAAGUGUCUUACUUUAAGGGUUUUAACAAACGCAUAGUACAGAAUCUGUCUGUAUGGGCAAUCGAUAGAAAACACUGAAAAUCAUGAAGCAUUUAGCGAUAUUUCAAGGUCGAUCUGAGACUCAACGUAAUCCAUAACAAACGGAAAGCGCAAAUCAAUUUCACAGCGGAAACGUUCUCGUUAUAUACAUGGAAUUGAUGUUUGUGAUUACAUUUGUCAAUUAUAUUUAAAUUUAUUAGUCACUGGCCCGCCUGUCAGCAUGUGCCCUCACGAAAACUUUUAUUUCUAUGACGUUCUUAUCGGCGAAAUCAAGCAGAAUCCUGUUUGCGUAAAAAUUACCAUGAAUCCUCGAGAAAACGUUUUGGAAUCUAUACUCAGGAUGUAGGCUAUUGGCAAACCGCCACACCUUAAAUUACACUAAUUCUUAAAGGAUAUUUCAAUGUAAACUUCUCCAAAAGAUUAUUUUGAGGGGUUAUUCUAUUUAUACUGCCAUAUGUACGCGGUGAAACUGGAGUUUACAUAUUUAGAACCAUUUUGACUUCUUCGGGAUUUUCCGCCCUUCUAAAAAAUGGUGUUCCUGGACAACGUAACAUUACCCUUAGUGUUUUUGCAUGUUUCUAAGUCCCCUGAAGUCUCUUCUUUUUAACAUGGAUAUUGGCUCUUGCGUUGGUGUCGGUUUGCGAGUAAUUAGCAAUCAUUCGUAAAUUUCGACAAUUCAUGAGUUAUUUAACCUACUGUGCGUUCUUUUGCGACAGGAUUAUCUCCCAUUCUGCCCUCACAGACCUACAAACGAUAGAACAGGAGAACAAUGAUACGUCUAACUCUCACUUAAAAUCUGGCAAGCCUCACAGUCGAUUCGAGGACCGGAGUGACGAUCUUUUUGGUCAGUUUCUACUCAGUCUUUCCAUCAUAUGUGUUAUUUCUCAGCGACUUGAGCUAAAAAUCCGAAACGACUUUACCUGGGUGGGGUUCGUGCCUUCUUGACCUAGCAAGCUAGCCGUAGCGCCCUGGAACCUCGUUAGCGCCUCAUAUAACGAAUUCAAUGGCAUUGCUACAGAUUGUAUCAACUUUUAUGUGAUUAAGUAUAAAGUUGGAUCGAAUAUCAACGUCUUUGGAGGCGCACAGACACUACCGCCUGGCGGAGAAAUCAGUGAUUACUGCACAGACUGACCCUAUUGCCCUCCAUGAAGAAGUCCAUUAUUGAAGAUGCCGGCUCGCGUUUUUGGCCCUUGCAGUGCUUUAUGCUGUAAAGAGCCAUCUUGAAAAUCAAGACAUGCAUCCGCUUACCUCAAUGGUAAGGUGGAAGACCACCGUCAUAAACCUCCACUACAACUCCUCUCUACCGUCUUCUAUACUUCGACAAGAUAUUUGCUGACAUAAAUAACUGGUGAUCAAAACAUCUUCGACGAUGCGCUCGCUUCGACUUGUUCAGAUAUUUUGCAGCCGCAUGGCGCAACCUGAAGGUGUCUUGAUUUAUGAAAGAAUGUGCCUAAGACUCGUAGACAGAAGGGUACUUUUCCAAUGCGUGAGUCCUGCCGAAUAAUGAAAUGUAAAUACUUUGUUUCCCGAAUUUAAUGAAUGAACUUGUGGUAAAGUUGUCUUGUGCAGGAGUUAUUAGACUCGUUCCAAAUUUUCAUGUUUAAUUUUGUGUUGAAUGUUAUAAAUUCGGCGGCGAACCGAGUAUGUAUGCUGAUCUAGCGAGGGUCUGUUUUGAUCAGAAAAUUGUUCCAUAUUCUGCCAACACAGACACCGGACACGUUUUCGCUAGAUUUUCUGAUGCGCUCGUCGUUUUCCCCCGAAGUUGGUAGUAUUUAUGCAAAGUUCUGUGCAAAAUUUAACCCGAGCUCGACAGGUUCUGUUCUGACGACCCAGCCGCAAGUUAGAAAUUACUCUGAGGCGGAAUUGUAAACCACUAUUUGUAAAUUGAAGAUUUUAUAAGGAAAUACAUUUAACCGGGCCCUUUGCAGUUGCGUCAGGGCAUAUCAGUACAUGUGGUUACUUGUAAUUUGGUAGACAACCACUUCAGCCUAUGGCGAUAGUCUAAGUAGACACUGCUGUUGUUGAUGGGCAGUAAAUUUAGUCUUCAGUCGUCACAAAUCUUCAAUAACUGAGCAUAUCUCCUGACUUAUAGCCAUUCGUUAGUCUUAAACUCCCGUUGAGUUGUUACUGCGGACAGCGGUUAGGUGGGUGACUUGUUGGAGAAAUGAUUUCCAUUCAUUCUGGAAUUCAAAGGAUGUCGACUCCUUCCACUCCGGCACAAAUUGGAGGCUUCAAGAUCACGCGGGAGGCCUUAUUGGAUGUUGCGUAACGUUCGUCACAUACUGCGGCUACGGUUUGUGACUUCUGAGUCGGUACUCGGCUCUACCGGAAGGCUUUGGGACCAAAUGGUUCGCGAUUACUUACCUAUCAGACUUAAUAGCCUGCCUUUUUUACUAGAGGACAUUCAACAACCCAUCGCCAGCGGAAGCAUUGAGCAGUCCGCAGCAAAAAAUGACGGACUCCGUCUUCUCGGUAGUUAUCUUUUUCCAGAGGGCUUGCAGUAGAUAUAUGCAAAAUAACUUUCAGCCUAAAGCACGUUAAUAGAUUUGCGAUUUCCUCCUGCAGUUGAUUGUAUUAAACCUUAAUGUUGGCACAAAAUUUCGACAUAUGCUCAACAAGUUUGCUCCAGGUGCAUCUGUUAGUUCGAGAGAAAAUGAUAUGGUUAUGCCUUACCAUUCGAUGGCGCCCUAGUGUAACAUACUGUUGGAAGAAAUUCUUCAAUCUGUCCAGUUUACCCGUUAUUAUUCCUGCAGCGCAAUCAAUCCGGACUUACAAACGUGGAUUAGUUUGCGAAAAAUGCUGUACUCCACUCUUUUUCGCUUGAUUUCCACGCCUAUGAAGGAUAUUUCGUUAACCAUAGCUGAAUAUUCAGCACAUGAUCGGUAGCCCUCUGCAGUGUUUCCCAGGUGCAAAGCCGCAGCGCACAUCAAUUCAAGGGUUGAAUUCUGGUUUAGACUAUCCGACUGACCACUAGUGCGCAAGACGUCCGCCUUAGUGACAUCGAAACUUCAAGGACCUAUGUUGUGCCACUACGCACUGUAAAACACGAUCGCAUCGAACUCAGAAUUUGUCGAAAGUUCGAAUACGCACGGGUUAAUUUAGAUAGGAGGGGCCUGUGCCGGAUUUCGACAUCGUUGUAGCCAUAGCAACAUAGCCAGUCGACCACAAAGUUGACUUGGUGAACCUACAGCAUUUGGCCGACUGAAUCAGCCAUUACGAGUGCUGUUACAGGUAAAAGUAAGUAGGCCAUGAGCAGCGACCACAUGCGCGGACCCUGGACUUGUGUGCCGAGACAAAGCGGAAAUACCAUAUUCCUUCCUACAGCCCGACUGCAUGAAUACACGCCUAUCUCACAUAGCUUCCGCUAUUCCCAAUGGCGGACGAGCACGUGGACCUGUUGUUCAACUGGUAGCGCGUCUGCCCCAGUGAACCCUAGUUCUCAUUCCAGAUCCUUUCUGUCCUGGGUUAGGGUAUGGCUGAUCGAUGAAUGGGAAGAAGUCAGCCAUGGCUACUCUAGUCUUCGCGGCUGUCGGUAUUUCAUUCUCGACCUUCAAUUGUUUUCACCGGCUGGAUGUAUCUUGCCUUAUGAAGUAGCAGUGUCUGCCAUUGCUGUUUUUUGUAAUGAAGCAUUUCCAUUUCAGGUCGAGGAGACAGUUGGGUUGACGUGAGCAGCAAUUGGAUGGAUAAUCAAACUUCCAAGGCACCAUUCUCGUCGAGUCGUUACGAAUCUGGCGGGAUUGCUGAGCUCCUGGCUGACCAGUCGCUGCGUUCCAGCACGGUCGCCUCCACCUCUUACUCCAGUCCUUACGAAGACCGUGAAUCUAGGGUUCGAAGAUCACAGCCUGUGGCCGAACCGACCUCUAUUCCUGAAGAGUUGCGGGAGAAGUUGAAAAAUGCCAAGUCCAUAUCUUCGGACGACUUCAAGUAUGCGCAGCAGGUACGUAUUUUGAGCUAUUUCCGAACUUCCACGAUAGGUUAGAAGAAUAAUUCUAGAUUAGUCCUGCACUUUAGACUUUUCGCCAAAUUCAUGUCAGUUAUCUAAAAGCGAUCCUCGAUAUUCCUGCGUUUUUUUGCAAGGGCACGAAUGCAGACCAAUCUCGUUUCGAAGGUAGAUCUGCCAUUUCAAGCGAUGAGUACUUUGGGCGAGCCCCUCCGAAAUAUCAGACCGACUACAAUGACGAGUUGAACUCUCUGAAAGAUGUUGUGAAGGAGGGAGUAACUAAAGUGGCUACGCGCCUUUCCUCUCUCGCAUCAGGAGUUAUGAGCACAUUCCAAGUGAGCAGUUUGUCUUAUUUCCUCAACAGAAUGCACUAGGAACUCAUAAUGCUGCCUGAAUUGUUUAAAAAGGCCUGUAACCAGGCAAAAAGUGUUGUAUUGCAGUUGUAACAAUGAUUAUCAUAAAACAGUCAUGUUGUAUACUAUUUUUGUGGAUUUGUUAUUCAAUAGCUGUCACGCGGAAAAAGUAACCGAACUUGUUUUUGGCGCUCGUGUGAGUGUAUAAGAUGCCUAAAGAUGGAAUUUCUGCACAUUUUACUCAAGAUCAUGACAUUUAGAUAAUUCGUUUGGAGAGGAUGUUUUGCUUUAUUUCGUGCAAUAAACUCGAUUGCACUGGCAUGCUUUUUGAGUAACUUCAGAAAGUCGCUCACGUUGAGUGCAUAAAUAGUCAUGCCAGCGUCUCGAAAGCCCUUAGUCAUCGAAACAACAACACCCUCGUCAGGUACAUAAUUGCCUGAAAAUAUAUAUGAACAGUAAAAAUUCUAUGCCAUGUCCUAGUUUUUUGGAAUCUGAGGGAAAAAGUAGGCAGUAUUUAAGUAAAUACUUUUUUCUGAACAUGACUCCAAAUCAGCACGCCACUGUGUGAAUUGACUUGAAUCCACGUUCUGCCAUGUUCUUUGUUUUAGGAGCGUUACGGGUAA